AUCAGCAUUCCUAAAUGGUAUGCACAUGUAAUUGAUCUUAAAAUGCAAAACAUAUAUAUUUUGUAUAUAUACAUAAAGUGCAAUUUUUUAAAGGAAAAGUCCAGUUACCAGACCCCAGACCUCUGAUAAAUGAUGGCAAGAAGAUGCCAUAUUGCAUUGUUGGGGAUGAGGCUUUUCCAUUGAAGACAUGGAUUAUGCGACCAUAUCCUGGUAAAUCUUUGGACUGUGUAGCAAAAAAAGUAUUCAAUUACAGAUUAUCAAGAGCUAGAAGGACAAUUGAAAAUACAUUUGGCAUCAUGGUUUCCAAGUGGAGAAUCUUGAAAACUGCUAUUGUUGCUGAGCCAAACAACAUGGUCAAAUUGACUAAAGCUAUAUGUGUUCUUCACAACUUUCUGCGAAAGCAAUCUGCAGCAAGUUACACACCUCCUGGCUCCACAGAUACAGUGGAUGAAAAUGGCCAAAUAAAUGAAGGGAGUUGGAGAGCUGAGAUGGAAAAAGCUACUCUUCAACCCAUUGCUCAGAGCUCUAGAAACCAAACAAAAGCAGCUCUUAGAGUAAGAGAAGAUUUUGCAUGUUAUUUUAUGUCAUCUGAAGGAGAGUUAUCUUGGCAAGUGGAUUAUGUCCUUCGUACAUCAUAA